CCUGUCCAAAAAUCCCAGCACAAGAGACAUCUGUCCUGAAAGAUGAAGAUCGAGAACAGCCUUCCACGCACCCAGCUCCCUGAGGCACCACCUCAGACGGAACUCCAGUUCACCGUGGCGACAGAGGAUGAUUUUGACGAUAUCAUGGCCAUGAGUCAGGAUAUCUAUGGUGGGUUGGACUACCUGCCCACCCGCUACCAAUCCUGGCUGGCUGACACUAACCGCACUGUCAUUCUGGCACGCAAGCAGGGCAAAGUGAUCGCUCUGGAGUCAGUGUUUGUUAUUGAUGAUGGGGAUACGAUGCUAGUGGAAGGUCUCCGAGUGGCCCCUCAGGAGCGAGGGAAGGGUGUGGCAGGGGUGCUGCUUCGAUUCUGCUCCCAGAUGGUGAAGUCCAAGUACCCUGAUAUCAAAGUCAGCCGUCUGACCCGUGAUGACCAACUGGGCCCAAAAGAAUUUCAGAAGUACCGUUUAAUCACCAAACAGGGAAUCCUUCUGGUUCGCUUUCGAGCUGAAGACCUCAAGUUGCGCUUGGCUGAAAUGGGCCCCGGCGUGGGCAUCGCAGCAGAUGGCCUCACCCCUCCCCAUGCCCCGGUUCGUCUGGACCCAUCCGAGGUAUGCCAGCUCUUCCUGAGCUCAAGCCUGAUGCGUAACGUCCUUCCCAAUGCGACCAUUGUCCAGGAUUGGCAGCCUUUCAAACCAUUGCCAAGCAACAUGGCCAUCCUGCUGAAGAAAGACAUCGAUUGGAUGGUGGAUGAUGCCAACAGUCCCUCUGUUGCCAGCCUCUGCACCUUCCCCUUCCGGGUGCCCGGACUGACGGCCGACGAAUGGUACUACCUUAACAUCGACAUGUUUGGGAAGGAUCUGUCACUGGUUGUGCAGCAAUUCGUGAGCCACCUGAGGCGACACACAAGCACCCUGAAAGGCCAGGUCAUGUGCCAGGUGUUCCUGGAUCCCCCACUGUGGAAGCCAGUGUGUGAUUUCUGUCGUGACACGCUUGGUGUUGAGCUGGUGAAAGAGUACACAGAGCAGUGCGUGGUUGAGUCUGAUAUUAUAUAAACAUAGCAGUAUCAGCACCGAUAGACACCCCUUAUCCCGUGAACCUUAAAGAAACCCCUGCUAACAUUGAUGACUCCCUUAUACCUGAGGCCAAACUGAAGUGUAACCUUUUAAAAAACAACAGCCACAACAGCAAUAUAUAACAAGAACGCGGCCAUGAGAAACUUGAACAUUGUUUGGGAACUUAAUAGUGUUCUUGUCAAUCUAGCUUGAAAUGCAACAAAGCUCUUGGGAAAGCUAAUGUAGGGUACUUAAUUUACCUAACCCGUUGUGUACAUACCUAU